CUACUUACCUAGGAUAUUUUGUCAGGAAAUAAUAAAUUUUCUUGAUACGUUUAUUUAUCUACUAUUUUCUGAAAAAAUACAUAUAAAAACACAGCCCUAAUGGCUGAAUUACUUUUAGAUCCAAAUAUUCGUUUAUGGGUGUUUCUACCCAUUGUAAUCAUCACCUUCUUGGUUGGGAUAGUGAGACACUAUGUAUCCCUGAUUUUAUCUUCUCAAAAGAAAAUUGAGUUACUGCAGAUGCAGGACAGCCAAGUGAUGAUACGAGCUCGUUUGCUGCGUGAGAAUGGCAAGUACCUCCCCCGGCAGUCCUUCGCUAUGCGACGUCACUGGUUCAAUAAUGAAGAGACAGGCUAUUUCAAAGUCCAGAAAAGAGCUGCUGCAUCUCCGAAUCCAAUGACAGACCCAGUCAUGAUGACCGACAUGUUGAAAGGCAAUGUAACAAAUGUCCUGCCCAUGAUUGUUAUAGGAGGAUGGAUCAACUGGAUGUUCAGUGGUUUUUUAACAACCAAGGUGCCAUUCCCGUUGACGCUCCGCUUCAAGCCAAUGUUGCAGCGAGGUGUGGAGUUAGCAUACCUGGACGCUUCCUGGGUGUCCUCCGCUUCCUGGUACUUCCUCAAUGUGUUUGGACUGCGCACCAUUUAUACAUUAGUUCUUGGGGAAAAUAAUGCUGCUGACCAAUCAAAGAUAAUGCAGGAGCAGAUGUCGGGGGCAGCGAUGGCCAUGCCGCCCGACCCGAAGGCCGCCUUCAAGGCCGAGUGGGAGGCGCUCGAGAUCACCGAACACAAGUGGGCCGUCGCGACGGCUGAGGCGGAUUUACUCGCGAGCGCUGAGGCUAAGCCCUAAUAUUAGUGUGGGGGUGUUCGGGGGCUAUAGAUGAAUUUUGUUGUGUAACUGUGAAGGAUUUAUUUAAGUUAAUACAAUGUGAUAAGUAUGUAA